GGUAUAAAAGGAUCCAUAUAGCCGACCCUACCUAAUGGGAUAAGGCUUGAUUGUUGUUUAUUAAACAUAAGCAAUUUUCAAAAAAGAGAAAAUGUGAUUAUAGUGAGAUUAUGUAAAUCAACAGGAAUGAGGUUCAAUUAGGUGGCGGAGUGGUAGAGUGAUUGAACUUUUUGUUUCCUCCUGUUUUGCAAUUCACAUACCACUCAAAUUUUUGUGAGCGCCCCUCCACUUACAAAAUGAUUUUUUACCAAAUAAUUGCUAUUUCUUUUCCCCCCUCUUAUUCAAUCAAGUGGACUAGGUACUAGAUUUAUAGUAACCAUAGUAUUUUUAGGAUUUGCUAGAGGAUUUGAGUCUUUUGAAUCUAUAGGGUGCUUGUUCGUGGUGGCUACUUGAUGCUAGGUGCUUCAUCUACAGUGGGAUAACAGUUGAGGUGUUUCCUAUGUUGGUGGAGAGCUGGUCUUAGAGAGGAUCUCCUUUCAUGGGAUGUGAGCGAAGAGAUCUUUCUCUCUUGCAUGGGUGGGGAUGGUGGAGGUUACUGAAACAAUAGCCUAGAGUGGGUUGGAGAAAUAGCGGGCUUCAAUGGAUAGUAAGGGUGUGUUGUUGGCACCAUUAAUGUAGGAGAAGGGUUUUACUCUCUCUCCAUCUCGAUUUUCAGCAUCGAUCGACAGUGGUGGCAAAGGCUACCACCAUAUGAGGAGGCUUGGGCAAGGGUGGAUGGGGUACUUGCCUACUUAAGUGAAAGAAAUGAGCUGGAAAUAAUGAAGUAGGGUUGCCAACGUCUUCAAUGAAGGCAUUGACAUCGGUUAAAGGGUUUUAGUGCAAAUGAUGCAGGAGGUGGGCGAUGGUGAUGGGAUUGAUGAAGAUCUAGGUAGUGAAGUUGGAAGAAGACCCUAAAAUGGUUGAAGAGGUUUACUUGGGUUGAAGAAAGUCUAACAAGGAGGUGCAGCGAUGUUAGUCUCUACGAUGGUGGUCGAAGGUGAUUUCGUCAUUGAUAAAGGGUUGAUAUCAAGGAGAAAGAGGUCUUGAUGGUGGAUGUGGGUCGAAGAAGAUCAUGAGUCAUUUGCAUAUGCUAUAGCAAUAAGGGGUGACAUGAAUGUAACAAGAAGGGAGAAAAGAAGAGGUCCUUCAUUUUGAUGGUGACUUAGGUUUUGAGGGAGGAGUGGAUCGGCAAGAGGGGAUUCAUAGAUGGAGUACUUACUAGGUUCAACUCUGAUAUCACUUAUUAAUGUAGUAUCUGAAUAGGCGAUCUCACACGGAGAAAGAAACUAGAGUAUUUAAAAUUCCAUUAAUUCAAAACUUCCUAUGUGAUUCAAAUGUGAAAGUUUCUAAUUAUAUUGUCCACAGUGCUCAGGUGCUAUUAUAGAGCACAAAUUGAGUUAUGAUGUCAUAGUUGGACUGUAAAAGUUUUGCUAUCAGUACUAACAGUUAAACCAAAUCAGCAUAAGAAUUUAGUGAUAUUUCAUUCAUUUUUUAGUCUCUGGCUUGCUGUUAGGAAAGUACAGUUUGCAGAACUAUUUGGUGAAACUAAUAUCAGACUUUUUAAAAAUAAUUUUAUUAAGUUGCGUUUAUGUGGUUCCAGCAGACAAUAAGACUGAAUCUUCGUUAGUAGCCUUUAUGUAAUUCCAGCAGACAAUAAGAGAGUAUCAUUUAUGUACAUGUUAUCCCUUGCUUCGCAAUAUAAUAUCCUUCUGAAAUUAAGCCUUAUUUGUGACAGAAUUAUGUUAUCAUUUCUAGUUUUAUCGCAAUUACCUCUUUAUUUAUAUGGUUAGUGACUUCUGAAGCCUUAUUCUUACUCUGCAGUUCACUAUAAGGCAUGGGCUAAAGGCACUUCACACAAGUUUGAAGAUACACGACAAGAGCAGAGACCUACAGAAAUCAUAUUGGGAAAAGAAAAGAAAGAAAUGGCUGGUUUGGCCAUUGGUAUUGCUAGCAUGAGGAGCGGGGAGCAGGCACUCUUGCAUGUGGGUUGGGAACUAGGCUACGGCAAAGAAGGAAGCUUUUCAUUCCCAAAUGUACCACCUAUGGCAGACCUUAUCUAUGAAGUUGAACUCAUUGGCUUUGAUGAAGCAAAAGAAGGAAAAGCCCGAAGCGACAUGACAGUUGAAGAGAGGAUAGCAGCUGCUGAAAGAAGGAAGGUGGAAGGGAAUGAUUACUUCAAGGAAGAAAAGCUCGAGGAAGCCAUGCAACAAUACGAAAUGGCAAUAGCUUAUAUGGGUGAUGAUUUCAUGUUCCAACUGUUUGGAAAGUAUAGGGACAUGGCCUUGGCUGUGAAGAAUCCAUGUCAUCUCAACAUGGCAGCAUGCCUCAUCAAACUUAAACGUUACGAGGAAGCUAUUGGUCAAUGCACUAUUGUAUUAUCAGAAGAUGAGAACAAUGUCAAAGCUCUUUUUAGACGAGGAAAGGCGAGAUCAGAACUCGGUCAGAUUGAUGCAGCCAAGGAGGACUUGGAGAAGGCAAGGAAACAUGCCCCCCAAGAUAAGGCAAUUGUCCAAGAGCUUCGCUUGCUAGCUGAACAUGACAAAGCUAUUUAUCAGAAGCAGAAAGAGAUCUACAGAGGGAUCUUUGGGCCGAGAGCUGAACCUAAACCAGAGAGCUCAAAUCGGCUUGUCUUAUUUUGGCGAUGGCUUGUUGCUCUUAUUUGUAGCCUACUCAAGUUCAAGAGGCACAAGAAAGAGUAGAAAUUGUUCAGCACCGUUAAUGGGACCGUUCCAAUGUACUCCUGAUUAACGGUUUCACGCAUGCAUUAAACAAGAACUAUGCCGAAAACAUUAUUCGAUGAUCCAAGCAUUGCUUUUUAAUUAAGAUAAUAAACUUGAUUUUUGUUU